AUGUUAACUUUAAUUUAUGCUGUUCUCUUCUUGAGCUUUGUUGCAACUGCAUCGGCAGUAGCAAACAAUUCCUAUGACAACUGUCUUCAGCUAACUGCCAAAUUCGCUCGAACACUUACAAACGGACCGGUUGCUGAUAUUCGAAUGACAACAGGUGUCAAUGUUACAUGCUCACAACUCAGCAACAUCUCGUGUCCUGGUCAAAUGGUCAAUGGAGUUUGUACCUAUCAACAAAAACUGGCUCUCACCUGUAUCAAUGGCUCAACAGUUCGUAUUCGGGUUCAGUCUAAUGGUUUGCCAAGACGAUGCUCUUUGGUACCGCUAACAGUGCGAAUCGUCGAACUGAACAUUGACUUCGAAGUAAACUUCAAUCCUGACGUGAGUGUUAAUUCACCCGUUCAAUCACCGACUAGUGUUGGAGACGUUAGCAAGUUGUUGUGUAACAUUACAAAUCACGCGAGCGUUCCAGCAACAUCCAAAUUUGUUAAAAACACGACUAUGGCAGCAAUGGAUGUGAUCGCAGGUGUUGCCGUUGAUGGUGUAAGUAUUUUCAAUGUGAAUAGUGCCAAUCUGGUCGAUCCGUUUUUCCCCAAUCCAACAAGUUACGCAGCAGAAGGCGCUGAUCAAUGCUUAUCACAUCCAGGUGGAGGCGGUGAGCUACAUUAUCAUGUUGCUAGUGGAUGUAUGGUGAAUCCACCGUCGGGUAAUUUAACAGGCUGUGGGCCAGACAUUGGAUGCUUGAAUAAUGUAGCAAACUACUCGGUUCAGAUGUUUUCCUCUAAUCAAACGUUGACAGUGAUUGGUAUUGCGAAAGAUGGCCACAUCAUUUAUGGUCCAUAUUUAUCGAGUGGGGUUCGAGUGACAUCAGGCUUUGAUGUGUGUAACGGUAUGUUCCAUGAUUCUGUUGGUAACUAUGGAUAUUUUGCAACGAGCACAUAUCCAUACGUGACUGGUUGUUUUGGACCGGGAAACUACCCGAAGGCGAUGCCAAAUUGCACAACAAAUCCAGCGACUGCUUACACAAAAUCGACCUAUGCAGCUUCGUUUACAACAUCAAGUGGCGAUAUGAAUUAUCUUUCUUCGGUAAUGGUGGGUUUCUUGGUAUUUUUUAUGAUGGUUAUUAUUUACUGA